CUUUGUAUAAUUUUCAUUGGCAUCGUUAACGCUUUUGUUUCCAAAAUCCAAUAAAAUGGAAAUAGGGUCGUUACACUUUGUUUGUUAAUGCCUUAAGGACAAUAUGUGUGUAUGAACACACACACACACACACACAACAACAAAAGGGAUCUGUUUCAUUGUCACAAUCUACUUUAUAUGAUUUUGUUUACUAUCAUUAACUGUUAGUUUUGUUUCAAAAAUCCAAAUAUGGAAAACUACGCAUAAGACACUGAUGAAUCUUUCUAGCUGGCAUAAAAAAAGAAGCUGAAAUGGAUCGUCGCAUCCAGAGAGAGAUAGAGCGAUAUGCAUGUGCCCACACCUACUAGUCUACUACAGUCUACGUACAGGUUGAAGUAACUUCGUGGUAACUUCUCAUCUUCACCUGUCUAUAUAUACGCACACAUUGAUCGAGAUCAUUAUCACAAAUCAAGUUCAGACUCUUCCUUUUUUUCAUACUCAAAACCAACUAAAACACAUUAUGGCUAACAAUUUAGAUGCAAUUUCGAAGGAUGACUUUCUGAGUGAGGAGGAGCGUUUGUUCAUCCUUAAAGCCGAGGUCGAGUCUUUGAAGGAACUGAAGGACCAUACGUAUCUCUUUGACGGUACCGUCGACCUAAACGUGCUUGCUGCCAAGACUAUGAACGCUACACGUGGUCACCUAAAGACAUUGGUUGGUACUGCAUGCGCAUUCGUUAUAAGGGCAGAAGAUAAGAAGAGAGGUCAUGAAGUCCCAUCCGGGGAGGUUUUAACGGUCACUAUGGAGGAUUUCGACUUUGCAUGGGGAUUGGUUAAGCAGAUAGAUCCUGCGGAAUUUGAAAAAAAAAAAGUCCUUCGAAGCCAGCGAGAAAGAGGACGUAAGACUAAGUCAAGCAAGAAUAUAGUUUGAUUCAAAAAAAACAUAUGGAAUAAAUUUAUUAACAUUGAGCAUUAUAUGAUGCGUACGUAGUACUUGGCUUGUAAGUGAACUAAUAUGGGUUUGAUGCAUAUUUUAUGUUUUAUUCCUCUUUAUUGAACUAAUAUAUAUGUGGAAUUUAUUAUCUUUCUCUUUUCUUUUUCGGCAAAAUGUGUGGAUGGUGAAUAUAUGCGUUUGAAAAACAUAAUGCUAAGCAUAACUUGUGUCUUGAAUUUUUCUUUCGAAAACUGUUUACCAACAAAUUGUAAAUAAGCAAACAAAAGUGUCAAACAUAAAUAUAAGUUAUAAGAAGAAGAAAAUGCAGAGUAAAAUUAGUAACCCUAUAAACAAUUGUAAUUACGCACGAAAAAAAAAAGUGGCAAACAUAACACAUGUAAGUUAUAUAAA